AGGAGGUUCGUGUCUGUUGCCUCAAAAGGGACGGUCAGCUGGCACGGGGGGCAGCUAUUAUUGUAUUUUCAUUUUCCUCUCGGGUUGCGUGUCGUGGUUUAAAAGUAUGAACACAAAUGAUUUUACAGCAGGUCGGGGGAGAACACCAGCGGUUCCCGAUAAAGUCGACAUGUCAUUAGAUGACAUCAUUCGGUUGAACAAAAAAGAGCAACAGUUAAAAAGGAGACAGGCCAAUGUGAACCGCCGACCAGUCAAGAGGAAAGGCCGUUUAACCCAAGGAAAGGGAGUCCCGUCAAGGGCUGCUGGACCAUUUCAGAGAGGAGGUGGCGUGCCCCGGGGAGGAGCCCCGAAAAUAAGAAACAGAAGGGUCCCUCCACCACCAGGCCGACGACGGGGUCAAGGGGUUAUCACAGGACUGGCAGCCAGGAGGCCAGCUGCCCUGCUGAAACGAGUCGGAACACUUAACAGAGCAGCAAUCAACCAGAAAACGAGACAGAAAACAAAGCCCUUCAUUCAGCGCCCUGAAGCCCAGUAUAGGAAGCCAGAGGUACAGAGGCGGCUGUACAGGCAGCUCGAUCCACAGAGGGGCCAGAACGCGACAUCUGUCAGGAGACCGUUUCAGCUGCAGCGACGACCACUGCCGUCUGUCCAGCAUACUCAGAGGGAAGCACGCCAGGCCACAUUUCUUUUUCGCAGAGGACUCAAGGUGCAGGCCCAGGUGCACAAGCCAAAUCCUGAAAUUUCUCCAGUCCGAACUCGCCAGUGGCGCACAUCUACAACCAGCAGUGGAAUCUUGACCGUUUCAAUUGACAACCCCACAGCCAGGACUCAGCCUGAGCCUCCCACUGCUUGGACCCUGCAUCCCACAGUUGCCAGCUCUGCUCCCGUUAAGGUGGAAACAGUGGAGAAGAAAAUACCAAAAGGAGUGCCUCUGCAAUUUGACAUCAAUAGUGUUGGGAAACCGCAAACGUCGAUGACCUUGAAUGAGCGAUUUCGCAUCCUAAAAGAUCGGCGUGCCACCACAUCACACAGCAGUAAAGGCAGCCGAUUUGUUACUGUGGGUUAGCCAGCAAGAAGACCAGUGACGAGUAAUCCCCUUUUGUCCUGUUAAGACCCACGCAGUGAACCUCACCUUUCUGAUGAAUGGGACGUGCUGACCCACUGACUGACUUUACUAAUGGGAGGAAGGGGAACCGUGGGACAAACUGUGAGAACUCAAGUGUCAAUGGAAGAGUUUGUUUAAAAUAAGUCUCAAUUCUUUGUCCAUUUCAUUGUGAUGGGGUGUUUGUAUUGUGAAUGUCAUACACGGAAGGAAAGAGGCCCCCCCCCCCCGAACCGUUGACACUGUAAUGAGGACAGCUUGGAAGUAUUUGUUUUCACAGAGGACUGCUAUGUAUUUGCCAGGGUGGCACGUAUGUUCUCAGUACCCCCUUUUUGACAUUUGAGAAUUGUUUUGUAAUGUUUCCUCAAAUAAAGAAGUUUCUCUUUAAA